UACAAACAAGGGCCGCAAACUGGUCUCAGAUCAGUUUUGCUAAACGCAAUGUCCGUUGCUGGAAGUGUUGAGUCCUAAAACUACAGCUGAUUCUGAUUCAGCCUCUAUGAAGACAGAUUUUUCACCUUGAAAUCAGCUAUGGCGACAGCAACAAAGAUUAUUCAGAGACUACGGAAUUUUUUAUCAGGGCACAACCUCCAGGAAAAGCUUCAGUUACGUUACGGUGAAAUAGCAAAAAGGACUCAACCACCUCCCAAGCUCCCGGUUGGUCCCAGCCACAAAUUUGCCAAUAACUACUAUUAUACCAGAGAUGGAAGACGGGAGUCUGUUUCACCGACUAUAAUAAUGUCUUCUCAGAAGGCCCUAGCACCCGGAAGUGAAGGCCCAGCACAGACCAAACUUCCUGUCCUUCCUGGAUCCAAGCCAAAAGAGCUACCGCUGUCCAGUGAUCAGCCAUACCUUUAAGCAGUCUUAUAGUGUUAUCAAUUUAUUGUCAAAACCUGUAUCUUAUCCUUAGCAAACUAUGUAUAAAUACAUAUUCACAUGUUUCAACUGAUA